CAUAUGCACCCGAACGUUACAAGCAAGUCUUUGCUAUAGCUGAAGUUUUGCUGAAGUUUUCCUCGUACUUGCUUGACCGUCUCUGAAAUCUGAGGUUAGUUCUUCUAAUGUACAUAUUCCCUUUGCUGCACUUGCUUGGUUGUCUCUCAAAUCUCAACUUAGUUCACCUACUGUACAUGUUUCCUUUGCUGUCGCUGGCCAUCCGAAAUCUAGAAAAUCGACAGCGCCAUGUCUGUUUUAGUUUCGUGGUUACAAUUUUCAACCCACCCGGCCACCCCAUAGCAUCAUGUCAGCAACAACCAUCACCAUCAGAAGCUAUAUUCUUUUUAGUUUCUGCAUGCUGUAACUUAUUCAAACAUAUACAUAGAGGUAAAAUGCAAGGAAAGAAGUAUCAAAUCAGGUGUCCUAAUAUCAUCACCCACUUCAAUGAUCUGCACUAAGCUGGAUCAGUUAUCUGCCAAAAAAAUCCAGAGUAACACUAAGUGACUAGCAUGCCAGAAUUAGUCCUUGUUGAUCGACCAAUAAAUUACUAGUACAAGUUUUAACUAGACAAAUUAAGUAGUUUACAUUUAAACUUGUGAAGUCAUGAUAACUCAGUAAUUUUCCACAGGCUUGUUUUCAUAGCGUCCAAUGGAUCCUAGCUACUGUCGCAGAUCAAAAAGUGAGGAUGAGUUUGCUCUUUUUGUUCUUCCUACUUUAGGAGAACACUCAUAUUCCUCAAGGAGACCUAUGCACACUUCAAUACUCACAGGCGCACGACGUGUAAAUGAAAUUUUAAAUGGACAUGAAGACCUAUGCAAAAGGCACUUCAGAAUGGAGACUGAUAUAUUUCAAGCUUUGGUUCAGAAAUUGCGCGAGAAUGAUCGCCUUGUUGAUGGAAGAGAUGUCUCAGUAGAAGAACAAGUGGCUAUAUUUUUGUAUGCAUUAUCUAAGAAUGCAACAAAUGAUACUUUGGCAGAUUGGUUUCAGCAUAGUGGACAAACAAUCAGUUACUAUUUUGGUGAAGUGCUCAGUGCAAUUACUGAACUCUAUUCUGUAUACAUACGUCCACCUUCCCUACACCCGCAUCCAAUCUUGAGUAAAGAAAAGUUCUACCCUUUCUUUAUGGAUUGCAUCGGCGCUAUAGAUGGUACACAUAUUCCAUUGAAACUACCUGCUGAUGAGCAAGAACCAUAUCGCAAUAGGAAGCAAACAUUGUCGCAAAAUGUUAUGGUAGCAUGUGAUUUUGAUCUGAAGUUUGUGCAUGUGCAUGCUGGUUGGGAGGGAUCGGCUUCAGAUGCAAGAGUCCUACAGGAUGCACUUAACCAUGGUUUUCAAGUACCCCCCGGAAAAUUUUACCUUGUAGAUGCUGGUUAUGCAAACACACCACAAUUUUUGGCUCCAUAUCGUGGUACUAGGUACCACUUACAAGAACAAGGAAGAGCUCGCCAAAGGCCAAGAAAUUACAAGGAAUUAUUCAACCUACGACAUGCACAACUCCGAAAUCAUAUCGAGAGGAUUAUUGGUAUACUAAAAAUGAGAUUUCUGAUAUUGAGAGUGGCUUCACAUUACUCGGUGACCAAACAAAUUGACAUAUCAGUUGCUAGUUGUGUGCUGCACAAUUUCAUAUGUUUGCAUGAUGGAGAUUUUUCAUGGCCUGAGAAUACUACUGUGGAGAUUGAUCAAGAACAAUUUGUUGAUGUGCCAAGUGGAGACCACAACUAUCAUAAUGAUAUACAUGCUUUUAAUUACUCUAGAGAAGCUGGGAAUCAAAAACGAGAUUAUAUAGCACAGCAAAUGUGGGCACAAUAUGUAUCACGAAGAUCUCAGAAUAUGUAAUAUUUUAUCCAAGUUCUGCUACCAUUCAUGUACUUGAAAUAUGAGAUGCAAGUUGUAAUACCAUUCUUGG